AUGGCACGAACUAACGAAACUGUGGAGACUAUUUGCUUCGAUUACCAGCAAAAUUUGCCUGUUUCGGUGCUGACUACAGGGGACAUAUUUUAUGCUAGGCAGAUUUGGGUAUAUAAUCAGCUUUUCUACUCUUGUUCCAAUAACAAAUCGGUGGAAGUGCUGAAACUAGACUACAAAAAGGACAUGGAAGACAAAGACAAGCAAUUCAAAGUACUACAACAAACGCUACAGGGCAUGCAACAGCAGCUACUCGAAGCGAAAAAAAGACAAUGCGAGGAAGAAGCUAGGGUGAAGGAUUUGCAAAGCAAAUUGUCAGGGGAGAAACCUCCAAGGAAGCAUGAUCGAAAAAUAUUGACCGACAAAGAGAUUAUCAACUUGGAUGACAGCGAAAACGAGCAGUGUGACUCUGUCAGCGUGUCAGAGUGUCUUUCAGAGGCUGCAACGAGCACAACCUCGCAGAGACUGAACGAAUGCGACGCCAAGUUGGUGGGCAUAAUAUCAACUUUUCUGAACGUUCAUCCUUUUGGGGCUGGUUUGGACUACAUUUGGUCCUAUGUAAGCAAAAUAGAGCCGAAUAUACGACCUUCCGAUAUUGAAUCUCUCAUGAUUCGGUUUCCAUCCGUAUUCAAGCAGGAGCUUGUGGGUAUUGGAGCUAAUAUCGAGAGAAAGUGGAUUUUUAAUGCUUUCUGUAGUGCUCCGAAUGGUAAAAGUUAG